GUGUUUUGUUGGUCACACGCAGUGUAGUGUGCUUUGUCAGUCACAAGCAGAGUAGUGUGCUUGUUAGUGGCACGCAGAGUAGUGCGUAACUGUUUAUUUUAUUUCCACACAAACGGUGUGUUCAUUAUUUGUCACAAACUUAAAAGGCAAUUGUUCCUUUAAGUACAUGCAGAGUAGUGUGCUUAAGAGAGUAAAGUCCCAGCUUGUGGUCAACCAUCACCUUGACAUUUCAGGCCUACUGGCAUUUAGCAAGAUGUACUUAACACAUCAUUAGUCAAGUACCCUUGUUACAUAUAUUGUAUAGAAUAUUAUAGUAUACUUUAUGAUACUUUUGAAUACUUGGUUAAUCUGACACACUGGGUACACUUCAUAAGUUCAUAUUUUUGCAUAUGUACUGGGUUUUACCAGACUGUGAUAUAGAUAUAGGAUAUAUAUUUUCUGUUUGUUAAUACAGUAGGAUGUCUUGUAGACGCAGAAACAUGCCAAGACGCAAGAGGGGGCAAGACUCAAUGGACAAUUUGGACCAACCUGGAACAUCAAAGACAGUGUCUGGUACAAAAAGAGCCAAAACUUUAACGACUGAGCCCAUUGACUAUGCCAGGCUGGCACAAGAAAUCGUGAAAAUACAACAAUCAACCAAUUCUGAGGUGUCAUCGCCUUCCUUAGCCGGAGAAAAUGAGCCCGCUAAGACACUGUCCAAGAGCAUGGUUCAGUCCAAUACACAACCUAAGGGGUCAGGCUUGCCAGAGACACAGUCCCAGUUACCAGAACAGUCAUCUUCUUCUCAACAAGGGAACGAGUCACCAUCCACAAUAGAAACAGUUGUUUCUCAGUUGUUGAGUUCUAGUGCAGGUGAGCCAGUAGGCACAAAAUCCAUGAAUACAGACAAUAUAAUUUCUGUAACAGAGGGAAUUCCUCUUGGUGCGACAGUAUCUUCAAAAAUUAAAUCAAAAGUUUGGGCUAAUGAAUUUUUUGAUCUACGAUUACUGCUGUCGCGUCAGGAGGAAGACCCUCUUAUGCUGUCCAUUUCUCCGGGGGUUAUUAAUGUACAGCAUACCUUAAAGCCAAAAACCCCCAUGUCAAUCAACCAGUGGACUGACGCCUUUCUGAUUUUUAUCAGUAUCAGAAUUCAGAAGAACUCAUCAGAGGCUCCCCACCUGCUGAAAUACAUGAGCUUUAUCAGAGAAAUGCAUAAGCUUUAUGGUGAUGCAGCCUGGAGGGCAUAUGAUGAGUCCUUCAGAAAAUUGAGGGAGUCGGUCGACCUCGCAUGGCAAAAGCCAGUAGAAGAACUGAGAGGAAAAUGUAUUGCUCAGGCCAUAAAACCCAAUUAUAAUGCGCUGCCCUUUCGUGGCAAACAAGCGGGAAGAGUCCGCUUCUGCUUUGCUUUUAACCGGGGGGAAAAAUGCAAAAACACCCCAUGUCAAUUUUCUCACACAUGUCAAUCAUGUAGGGGACAACACCCACAGUACAAGUGUACUUCACCACCCCAAGGAGUUCAAGAAAACAGAACUACCAACCCCAGUAAGACCAAACAUUUUAAAUAAAGAAUUAGAUGGAUAUGAUCCAGAUCUAAAAGCUUACUUGGUAAAUGGGUUUACACAUGGGUUCUCUCUAGGUUGUAUUACCACUCCUUCAGCCCCCUUGUCAAAAAAUCACAGCUCAGCUUUAAAACAUGAGGAAAUCAUAGAUAAUCACAUUACAAAGAGUCUACAGCUUAAACGCAUUUCAGGCCCCUUUCCAGACCCACCAUUUGAUCCUUUUGUUUCUUCCCCACUAGGAGUAGUACCAAAAUCUGAGCAGGGAAAAUUCAGGAUUAUUCAUGAUUUAUCUCACCCGAAAGACAAUUCUGUUAAUGUGAACAUACCCAGGGAAAACUCAGCAGUACAAUAUGAUACCGUUGACUGGAUAAUUCAGCUAAUUCAGAAAAAUGGCAAGAACUGCUUGAUGGCAAAAACUGAUAUAGAAGAUGCUUUUAGAAUAAUCCCAGUUAAUCCAUCUGACUAUCAUUUAUUAGGUUUUUCUUGGAAAAAUAAGUUUUAUUUCGAUAGAUGUCUACCGAUGGGAGCAAGUAGUUCGUGCCAGAUUUUUGAACAGUUAAGUGUAGCCUUGCAGUGGAUUAUGCAGUCAAGGUACAUGGCAGGGGGUAUGUCCCACAUUCUAGAUGAUUUUUUCUUUAUUGGCCCAGCUGAUUCUCCUAGCUGCGAAAAAGAUCUAACAAACUUCCUCUACUUAUGUAGGAAAAUUGGGGUUCCUAUCAAAAUGUCAAAAACACAAACUCCGACCACAAUUAUUACAAUCUAUGGCAUUGAGAUAGAUUCUACUAGAAUGGAAGCGCGUCUUCCCUUUGACAAAAUUCGGAAAGUAAAGCAAAAGCUUUUAGAUAUGCUGGAAAAAACCCAAACAAAUCUACGCGAUCUUCAAGCCCUAAUCGGGUUACUGAACUUUGCAUGUUCUGUUAUUGUUCCUGGGCGUGCUUUCUUGAGACGUUUGAUCGAUUUGACCUGCGGUGUAAAACAUCCUAAUGACUUGAUUGAACUCCCUCAUGAAACAAAAGCUGACAUAGAAACAUGGCUAACAUUUCUAGACACGUUUAAUGGAAAAUCUGUUUUCUUGUCAGAAAAAUGGUUUUCCUCAGACCACCUCACAUUAUACACAGACGCUUCUGGGUCCAUGGGGUUUGCAGCCAUUUUAGACUCCCAGUGGUUUGUUUCUCAUUGGCAAGAUAAUAUGGGGGAAUAUCAAAUUGCAAUUAAAGAACUUUUCCCAAUAGUUUUGGCCAUUGAAAUUUGGGGCAAAGAGAUGGAAAAUAAAAGGGUACUCUUUAUGUCAGAUAACAUGGCGGUGGUACAAGUUAUAAAUAAGCAAACUGCCAAAGAAAAAAUCCUCAUGAAAUUGAUACGUCGCCUUGUGUUGGCAACCUUAAAAUGGAACAUACACUUUAGGGCAAAACAUAUACCAGGAAAACACAAUGUUGCAGCUGACCGCUUAUCUCGAUUCCAAUUUCAGGCAGCCUUCCAGUUCAUGCCUCGGUUAAAUCGACAGCCAACACACAUUCCACAGGCCUCUUUGAAAAUCUGAAUCCGCAAGCAUGCCAACUUCUAGCAGCUGCUUUAUCGAAUAGUACAAAAGCCUCUUACAAAAGAACAUGGGACAUGUUUUUCUUAGAAUAUCCUACAAUCAAUUCCCUUCCUAUUACUGCUACAGUUUUAUCAAAUUUUAUAGCACAACUUUUUUCAAAGGGGUAUUCCCCUAGCAGUAUAUCUUCACAUGUAUCAGCAAUUAGCUAUGUACACAAGAUUCUGUCUGUCCCAGACCCUGCUGAGGCAUUUUUAGUUAGAAAAAUUCUCCAAGGAUGCUAUCAUUCUGCACCAAACAAAGAUUCAAGAUUGCCAAUUACUGCCCCCAUUUUGUUAAAAUUAGUAAAAGGUCUCAGUUCAUCAGUACAAAAUUUAUAUACCAGGAUCCUACUCAAGUCCGUUUUCCUUUUAGCGUUUAAUGCAUUCUUGCGUUUAGGGGAAAUUGUUAUCAAAUCAAAAAAUGAACAAUCCAAAGUCAUUCAGCGAGACGAUGUGACUUUUCAAUUUCAACAUAAAACACCUUGUGCAGUCACAAUAGUAUUGAAGAACUUCAAAACAAAUAAAACAAAUGAUCUUUUUCAAAUUAACCUUGAGGCUUCAGGCAACGAAGAUAUGUGCCCAGUUCAAUCACUGUGGCUCUACCUAAAAACAUUUUCUCAUGAAUCGGGUCCCUUAUUUCAAUUUGUGGGGGGGGAACCAGUCACAUAUGCAUUUGUAACCAAAAACUUACAAAAUACAAUCCGUUUUAUUGGCCUAAACCCAGCUCUUUAUAAAGGGCAUAGUUUCAGAAUAGGGGCAGCUACACACGCAGCACAUUUAGGCUAUUCUGAAAAUUGCAUACAGAAAAUGGGCAGAUGGAAAUCUGAUGCUGUUCGUAGAUAUAUACGCUUGCAAAGCUUUACAGUUUAAAUUCCAACCUCUGGUUAUCUCCUUAUAAAAUACCGUGUCAAUUAACUGUGCCAUAUUCUUGUGUUCAUAUACAGGUCAGAAGUCAACUGCUGUUUCUAUGAGUAUUUUUAUUAGUCCCUUGGUGCAAAGUAUCACAGGUCAGAAGUUAACUGCUGUGUAUUCCCUAGUCCCAUUUUUUUUAUUUAACCAAAACACAGGACAGAAGUUAACUGCUGUAUAUUAUAUUCUAGUCCCUUUCCAUUAUAACCUUUGCACACAGGUCAGCAGUCAACUGCUGUGUACAGUGUUGCUCACUACCUUUACAUGUAGUUGUGUACAUAGUAUUACUGUUAUUGCUUUUAUUUUUGAAUACAGGUCUUAACCAAAAAGUCUUACUUAAAAUGUAUUUAAUGUCACUGUUUAAUUUUAUUGUUAUGUAUGACUUAUUUUGCAUAAUAAUGCGCCUACUGGUUCUUCAUUUCACAUGGUCAUGUGCAAUGUUUUCAAGACAUUUUUGUUCUAUGAAAUUAGAAAACGUGUUGCUACUUCCUUGUGUGGGGGUUGCAAACAUUCUGUUUGCCUUUGGUGGCUGCUCUUUUUGUUUGUUUGUAUGUAUCAAAAUAUCAUUUUUGGAUAGUUUGGUGAAAAGUUUUAUGUUGUAUUUUAUUUUGUCAAAGUUCUGUAAAGUUAUGUAGCAGGGGAGAUCACUUUGUCAUAUUCAGGGAUUUUAUAAAAGCAACUUGUGAUGUCAGUAUUGUCUGGAUCUACCCUUAGAUUAUUUUUGUUAUUAUUAUAUAAAAUGUUAAUAUUUUAUGUAUUGUCAUCUAAUAAAUGACAAUAUUCACACAAUACAUCUGUUAUGUUAUAUUUGGAUGGUUGAUCGGUAGGAUAUGGAACUUUGUCAGAUCACCAAUAUUACAUAAUACAAUAUUAUUGUAAAUAAUGACAUUUAUGUAAUUUGUGAGAUGUUUGCACAUUUUCUUGCAUUGGUUAUUAAUGUAAUGCUAGGUUUUUCAAGCUUUUGGUGUUUUUAGCUAGAUCCUAAAGUUAAAGAGCAAUCAUCCAAUCAUAUCGCUAGGUCGUAUCACGUGAUAUUUAGAUAGCGACAGUUAAUUGAACUUUGUAAACAAGGAGGAAUUUUGUUGA